AACGACGAACCCAAUAAAUGAGUAGAAGAAGAGGAAAUAACCUGAGUCAAUUUUGUCAUGUCAAAACAGUUCUCAACUCCUCACUCAACAAAAUAAUAUGUCAAUUUCUAAAGGGUUUCAACAAAUUCGCUCUCUGAGUUCAAUUUCAGCAUGUAUCACAAGACCCCAUAGACAAAUUUAUGUCAGAACUUAUCCAACAGUCCUUGCAUAUCCUGAUGGUUCUACAAUCAACAUAAGAUAUCGUGAACCUAGAAAACUAGUGAAGUUACCUAUAAAUAUUUGGACUUUGAGUGAGGCUGAGAGAAGAGCUAAGCUGGAAGAUCGAAAACCAAAGAAAAAAGUACAAAUACAAGAUGAUCUUGAAGAUUCCUAUGACUCAAAAAAAUAUUUGAAAUAUUUGAGGAAAAAAUAAUCUAGUAUUACAAUUCAUUAUUGUUAAUAGAAGGCUUUAUAAUGGAAAGUGAAUAAUGUUUAUUUGCAAAAUUCCCAAAAAGGUUGCACAGAUAUUUAUACAUACCUAUACCCAGUUACAUAAAUAAUCUGAUAUAAUAAACAUUUGGUAACACCAUGUGAUCACAAUAAUAUGUUUUGUAUAUCUCAAUAAAAUAUAUUUGUGGCCUUUCUU